UAAAGGCAAUUUAUCUAUUAAAAAAAUGCAAAAUUAAUAUUAGUGUAUUUGUUUUAGAGAAAAUAGCAACAAGUACUUUAUAGCUUCUUUGUUUAUUUAUUUACGUUCGCUUGGGAAUUUGACACAAUCAGAUAACACUAUCAACAUGGCUGAAACAACAAAAGAUGCAAACUUGAUUCAACUCUCUCGCUUUUUGUAUCUUGGAGAUGAAUCUAAAAUGUAUCCUGAUUCAGUAAAAUAUCCCUUUAAUCCUGAAACUUGUCAAUUUCUCAAGGAGCUGAUGCAGUCUGGUUUGGUUCAAGAAGCUGUUGAAGAGGUUAUUCGUUCUUUUAAGGAAGGUCAUUUUAUAGGUUGCGAAACCUUACUGUAUGUCUUAGCUGUAUUUGCACAUCCUUCAAAUAAUUCUUAUACGAAAGGGAAAGCUUUUGAAGCUGCAGCUGAGAUCUGUUCUUCUGCUUCCAAUAUGCUUACCUUUAUUUACAUUUUUAAAGAUGUCAUUAAGCCAUUGAAAGGUUGGGGUCGAAUGAGUCGAAAUUUCCUUAUUAAUUGGUAUGUUAAAAGGGAUCCCAAGGAUUUGGCUAUGGAAGUGACGAGAGUCAAGUCGCGUCAUAAGUGGACACAUAAGGAUGUUCUUUGUAUGGCUCAUGUAAAGCCUAGUAAACCAGGCAGUGCUGCAGUUCUAAAAGCAAUAGUAAAAGGUUUAGAAUGUGCAGAAAAAGAAUUUGCUGCUGAGCCAGAAGCUGAGCCAAUUUUAAAUUUCUUGAAAGGUGUUCAUGAAGUUGUUCAUGCCACUGAUCCUCAAGCUGCUGCUAGACUUAUUGAAAUUCACAACUUGUGCCUUGAACAUAUUCCAGACAAAAUUAUAAAAUCUAAAGAGGUGUCUUUGUGUAUAAUUCCUCGUGUACCACUUCCUAGUCUGUUGAACCAGCUGCCUCGUUAUCACAAAGUGGGUUUGUUGAAACUUAACAGUCCCCAUUACAAAGCAGCUCUGGAAAGAUUAACUACCGAAGAAGCUUUGAACAGUGAAGACAUAGGACCUCUAGAUACAUUUUUAGCUAUACGACGUUGGCAAAUUUCUUGUAAACCCAUGUUAAGACAAAGUACACCUGCUUUGGAUGAUGCCCUUCAGAAUUUACACUUGGAAUCUUUUAAGCGGAUACGGACAACAGAAAAAAGAUACUUGGUUGCGAUUGAUGUUGGUGUAUCAAUGAAUCUUAGCAAGUGUUCUGGUUGUAAUGCCGUGACACCUUCACACAUUGGUGACAUUGUACUCAUGGCACUUGUGAGAUCUGAGCUUUCUAAUGUCACUGCCCUUGUUUUUUCUGAAAAUGAGCUAGUGCAAGUGGAUAUAAACCAUAAAAUGACUCUUGUGGAUAUAGUUGAGCGUUUAAAUGAAGUACCUGCUGGUCCAAUAAUUUUAUCUGCACCCAUCAACUAUGCUCUUACUAAAAAGCUGCGCUUUGAUGCCUUUGUUGUAUUCAGUGACAUCAAUUCAAAAGCUGAUGAUAGUGAUUUAGUUAGUACCAUGAAAGAGUACAAGGAAACGAUGCGGCUACCAAAUACUAGGUAUGUUCUAUCAACUCUCUGUGAUAGAAAAUCUACCUUCACUCAAGAGGGUCCUGACUUUUUGAAUAUUGUUGGAUUUCACACUAAGCUUGUGCAGACUAUUCAAGAUUUUACAUGUGGUUUGUUUUAACAGAAGGGGCCUUUUUAAUCAAUAUUUCUGAAUUACGGGAACCAUAUUUAAGUGUGCUCUGUCCUCAUGUUGUAUUUGUACAUGUCUAUUGUGGCAUCAUUUUAAAGAGUGCAGCUCUUUUUAUUAUUAAAAGAAUAUUUUUAUGUAUACCGAGAACAAGUCUUGUUAAUGCAGUGAGUUGUGAGAUAUAUUUACUUUCUAAAAUUAAAUGAAUUAUAAGGAUGCAUAAUUUAGUUCCAUCUCAGUUAAAUAAUUUUGUUCUAGUUAUUAUUUGUGAUUUCAACUGAAAAUUUUCUUCAUUACAUUUGACACAUAAAGGGCUUAGAAAAUGCUAGUAAACUGUACUUGUUAGUUGUUCGUCAGUAAGCCUCUUUUUGUGUACUGUUGAUUUACAUGCCUGUAUGUGAUAGAUUAUUUAUAUUGACUUUACAACUACAUUUUUGGGAGCAUGGUAUGUAGAUUUUUGAGGCUUAUAAUUUCAAUUUGUUUUAGUUUUACUUAUAUGUAAAUAGUUGUGAAUGAAUUUUAAUGCUAUUGCAUAGAAUAAAAAUUCAUGUACACCUUUUGUUCUACCUUCGGGAUAUUUAUUAUACAAUUUAAAAAAAGCCAUUAUUUUUGUUAGUAUCAUUAAAAUAUAUAUUGCAUUUUAAUUAUGACUUUUGCACAAGUAACAUAAUUUUUUAUGACUAUGUUAAUUUUCAUAAUUUUAAUGAACACAUUUGUAUUUUGUUGAAAAAAAAAUGUAAUCCUCAUUUGACAAAAUAAACCAAUCAGCUUUUUUA